AUGAGGUUUGGCAAGAAGGGCAAGUUGAGCCCAAAGUUUAUAAGACCUUAUGAGGUCACAGAGAAGGUAGGAAAGGUCGCUUAUAGACUAGCAUUACCCAAUGAGCUGGGUAAGGUCCAUGAUGUGUUUCACAUUUCGCAGCUUAAGCGAUAUAUUCCCGAUAGAUCUCAUGUGUUAGAUCCCGAACCCUUAGACCUUGAUGAGAACUUGUCUUAUGAGGAGAAGCCUAUCGAGAUCUUAGAUUCUGAGGUGCACAGUACUAGGAGAAAAGAUAUAAAGAUGGUGAAAGUUCUAUGGUCUAACCAAUGCACACAGGAGGCAACGUGGGAAACUGAGGAUUCCAUGUGUGAGAAAUACCCACACCUUUUUCCCAAGUUUCAAGGAGGAAACUUCUUUUAA